AUGGAUGCGACUGUUGGUACCAACACGUCGAACCUCGAGCUCUAUGUCAUUAUGCUCGACGUUGAGCACGGCGUAAACGACCCAACUCGCGCGGCCUACCGCAAGUCCGAAAACGACCUUCUCCCUGCUGAGCGGGCACUGGUGUCGGACUUCUAG